CUAUAGUGUAAUAGUGGAUUCCGAACCGACAGUACGACUUUACAACAAUUUUAUUAAACGCAACAAAUAAUUAUUAUUUAAAACAACAAAUAAAAAUUAACUUUUGUGAUUGUGUGUUUAUAGAAAUAAUAUUUUGUUAAUCGUGUGAUGGCGAAUAGGAAUUUCAAGAUUAUUCCGAAAUGCGUGAGUUCGGAGUCAUCAGACAAGUACCCCCUGACUCCGGAACAGCUGAAGUUCUACCGGGAUAAUGGUUACCUGGUCAUCAGGAGACUGUUCGGCUUACAGACUUUGGAUAGCUACAGGAAGCGUUUCACUGACGUAUGCGAGGGUCGGGUUGAGAAGGGCCGAGUCACUGUGGUGAAGGAUCGCUCGCUCAGCACCCAUCAUACCAGGCCUGAGGAUUACAUCAAUAAGAUUCAAGAGCUCCUAUACGAUGAAGUAUACAGCACUUACUCCGAAGACCCUCGGAUGCUGCACAUCGUCUCGCAGCUGAUCGGAGAAGACCUGACAGCUGUCAACUGCAUGCUCAUCAACAAGCCGCCGGGGACGCAUGAACAUCCACCACAUCAGGACAUACUAUACUUCCCAUUCCGGCCGGCACACAAGAUCCUGGCCACUUGGACGGCCAUAGACCCGGUGAGCAGAGACAACGGCUGCCUCUACAUGUUGCCCGGGUCACACAACCCGCCCGUCUUGCAUGAACACAGAGAUCAUGUUAAUCAAGCGAAACUAUUCUUCUACGGGCUGGUGAACGCUGGACAGCUCGCCCCGGAAGACAAGCGAGUCCACCUGGAGAUGGAUCCAGGAGACACUGUCUUCUUCCAGUCUACCCUCGUACAUGGCUCUAAGCCUAAUGUUUCUAAGGCAUAUCGCAAAGCCAUGACCUGUCACUUCGCAAGCAGCGAGUGUCAAUACAUCGAGGUGGCGGGUACACGUCACGAGCAACUUGCCAAGCAGAUGGAAGCUGAACUACGGAGGAGAGGCAGCGAUCUUAGUUAUGUUGAUAUGUGGCGUAUAAAAACAAAACAAGUGAAGGGAGUACGAAGCAAUUUGUGAUGAAAUUAUAUUUUUAAUAAUAGGUAGGUAAGUAUUAAUAACUUAAGUGAUAUAUUUACGAGUAAAUGUACCAGUAUGCGCAGAAGGGUUGUAUUUU